ACGGAUCAUGCUCCUCCUGUCCGUAGACGUGGGAACUCAGAGCGUGCGCGCUGCACUCGUCACUGACCGAGGACGCUUCUUGAAGACGGCGUCGCGACCGUUGGAAAACUGGAACCCGCAGCCUGGUUUCUACCAACAGUCAUCGGACCAGAUAUGGAGCGCAUGCUGCGAAGCUAUCAAGGAGGUGUGCAGAGACGCCAAGAACGUGAGCGGCGUCGGCUUCGACGCCACCUGCUCACUUGUGGUCCUUGACGACUCCGGUCGACCAUUGACCGUCAGCCCCAAAGGUGAGCCGGAGCAGAAUGUCCUGCUCUGGAUGGACCACCGCGCCGUGUCACAGGCUGAAACCAUAAAUGCGACUGGACAUUCUGUGCUUCGCUUCAUGGGCGGAAGCAUGUCACCCGAGAUGCAGCCACCAAAGCUUUUGUGGAUAAAGCAGAACAUUCCCUCGACCUGGGAGCGCAUCGGUCUGGCCAUGGACUUGUCCGACUUCCUCACGUGGCGAGCCACUGGCUGCGCGUCGCGCUCCCUUUGCGCGGCCGUGUGCAAGUGGACGUACCAGGCAUGUACGGUGCCCGGCUCUGAUAAGAAACAUGGCUGGCAGGACUCCAUCUGGACUCGCAUAGGUCUCGACGAGAUCACGCGUGAUGACUACAGGAUAAUAGGCCAGGAAGUCCUGCCGCCAGGCGCCCCCUGCGGAAGCGGUCUGAGCACGGAGGUCGCUAUGGAGCUAGGACUUGAGAAAGGCACACCUGUGGCCACUUCGAUCAUCGACGGCCACGCCGGAGGUCUUGGCCUGCUUGGGUGCGAGGCGGACGGAAAGUUCCCGGAAGAAUUCUCUCGCCGUCUGGCCAUCAUUGCUGGGACAUCAGCUGCUCACAUGUUGGCAAGCGAGAAGUGCAUCUUCUCUCCAGGUGCUCCCGGCCCUUUCCUCUCGGUCAUGGUUCCAGGAAUGUGGCUUAGCGAACCCGGCCAGAGUGCAGCUGGGGCAUUGGUGGACCACAUAAUUUCAACUCACCCGGCUUAUCCGCAGAUAGUGGCGAAGACGAAGCCAGGCCGAAGACCCGAGGAUACGCUCAACGAUCUGCUUCAGUCCAUGAGCGACAGGCAGGGCCUAGAUUCUCUGUCAAGACUUACGACAGACCUUCACGUGUGGCCUGACUUCCACGGCAACCGGUCACCGCUCGCCGACCCAACGCUACGAGGAAUGGUUUCUGGGCUGACGCUGACGUCUGACGAGGAGGACUUAGCACGGCUGUAUCUUGCAACGCUUCAAGCACUAGCUUAUGGGUCUCGCCACAUCAUUGACGCCCUGACAGACGCGGGACACUUGCUGUCGGGCAUAUUGACGUGUGGAGGCCUGGCGAAGAAUCCGCUCUACGUACGGUCGCUCGCGGAUGCCACUGGUUUGUCCGUGAUGUUGCCUUUGGAGACGGAAUCGGUUCUUCUUGGUGGCGCCAUCUUGGCGGCCAGCGCAUGCGGCCGUUACGCGAGCGUCAAGGAAGCCAUGCUGCGGAUGGGUGGCUCGGGUCACGUCAUUUCACCGCAGAUGAGCGAGCGUUCUUUCCACGACGCCAAGUACGCUGCCUUCCACGCUCUUCUAGACUGCCAGCAGCGACUUAAGGAACUCAUGGCCUCUGGAGAACCAGCUGUUUCGUGCUCUUGAUUUCACCAUAGUAUACAAAAUGUCCAUAUCCAGAGAAAAAUAAACGGGAAACUUGAAAGGUUUUAUCAUGUCACAA